GAUGGCUGAGAGGAGUGUGGUUGAGGGGGGCCUGGCAGCGCUGCCCUGUGACCUGCAGGUCAACGACCCUAAGGACUCAGUACAACUCAUACUAUGGAUCAAGGAAGGCGUCCACACACCUCUAUACAGCUACGACUACCGGGAACUACUCGGAGGUCGACCCAAGGAGACCAAACCGGACGCCAACUCGACCUUGGCGCGUCGAACAACCUUCCGAACAGACACGACGCCCGCCGCCCUCCUUGUCGACCGGGUCGAGGCCGACGACGCCGGGAUCUACAGGUGUAGGGUCGACUUCCUCCACACCCCCACCAGGAACAAGAGAGUCAACCUUACUGUUAUAG